AUGGAUACAGGAAAGGGUAAGCCUAUAACUACACUAUGCUAUAUUCCCAAUAUUAUUGGGUAUUCUCGAGUUGUGUUAUUAUUUAUCGCACUAAUAUGUAGUAGUCGAGUGUUUGUUAUCCUGUAUAGUGUGUCAUAUCUUUUAGAUGCUCUUGACGGAUACGCUGCAAGAAUAUUGAAGCAGGAGUCCCAGCUAGGAUAUAUUUUAGACAUGGCAACUGACCGUGCGUCUUCCGCUAUUCUAAUUAUAAAAACAAUUACUCUGCACCCAAAAAUGUUUAUUCCGCUGUGCGGUUUUCUUAUAGUAGAUAUAAUUUCUCAUAUGUUUUGUAUUGUGCAUAGAUGUGUUAGUAAAACAUCACACAAAGUGCAUGCUGGAUCUAGGUUAAUUGACAGAGUGCUUUCUUUCUACUACAUAAAACCUGUACUAUUCACUGUAUGCCUUGGGAGUGAGAUGUUUCUUCUAAACUCUAUUUGCCUGGAUAACAAGGGCAUUUAUCUGAUAUGUGGUAGCAUUUUUGCAUUUAAGCAUUUGACAAACAUGCUUCAACUGUAUAAAGCAGCCAUUGGGCUUAGCAAAGAAUAA